UCUUUGGUUCUUUUUUAUUCUGGGCAGCUCCUGGCUUGUAUGUUGAUCAUGUAUGUUUUUUUUCUACUCCGACAGGGGUUUUACACAAGUCUGAACAGCACCACUGCUUUUCUCCCAUUCUUUUUUUUUCUGGCAGUUAGUAAAGACUAAACUCAUGAAGGACUACCUUGAUGACACAGAAAGCCUGGGGCACUCACAGGUACUAUAAAGGCACCGAAGCAAUUCAGAAUGAGCAAACACAUUUGAUAGACUUCAGUCUUUCUAGGAGCACAGUUUAGCCUUGGAAGCUCAAACAAACUGCAGCAAUGCCUGCUCCGGGUGUGUGCAUGAACAUCAUCAGUCAGCGCCACAGGAAGGACGGCUGUGGGACCCCCAACAAUCCUGAGAAGUUUCUCAACCAAGACUACAAGCAGCUGAGAGAGUUCUGUCUCAUCAAGGGCGUGAGGUACAUCGACGACAUGUUUCCCCCUGACAGCCGCUCCAUCGGCCAGGGGAUCCUGAGUCCUUCCGACAUGGGCCAAGUGAAGUGGCUGAGACCCAUGAAAAUUGUUCCUAAUGCCGCGUUUGUCGUGGACGGAGUGUCACGGUUUGACUUUGGCCAAGGAUUGGUUGGGAACUGCUGGUUUCUCGCCUCUAUCGGAUCUCUGACCUUCCAAACCAACAUUCUGAAUCAGGUUGUUCCUCUGGAGCAAACGUUUGAUGAUGACUACUGCGGACUGUUCCACUUCAGGUUCUGGAGAUUUGGAAGAUGGAUCGACGUCGUCAUUGAUGACAAGCUCCCAACAAUCAAUGGCAGGUUGAUCUUCGUCCGCUCCAAAGACCCAACCGAGUUCUGGCCUGCUUUGAUGGAGAAAGCCUAUGCAAAGGUUUGUGGCUCGUACGCGGACAUGAAUGCUGGCACUCCUGCAGAGGCUUUGGUGGACUUCACAGGCGGGGUGCACAUGUAUGUGCAGCUGACCAAUCCCCCCGCAGACCUGUGGGAGCUCAUGUGCAGAGCUGGACGGACAAAGUCACUGAUGAGCUGCGGCACUCCACAAGGGAAGACAGCUCAAAACACAGUGUUACCAAAUGGGCUAGUCCAAGGCCACGCCUACACCGUCACAGGGGUCAGGCAGAUGAAUAGCCGAGGGGAAACGGUGCAACUGGUGCGUUUGUGGAACCCCUGGGGCAAGAGAGAGUGGAACGGAGACUGGAGUGAUGAGUCUCCUCUGUGGAAGACUGUGAGUACCAAGGAACGAGAAAAGUGCCUUUCUAUCCGUGACGAUGGAGAGUUUUGGAUGACUUUGAAAGACUUCUGCAGGAACUACUCAGAUCUUGAUAUUUGCGCAUCCAAUCCAGACUUCCUUGAGGAGGGCUCUGCUUGUAACUGGAAGACCUCUUUCUAUGAAGGUCGAUGGGUUGCAGGAACCACAGCUGGAGGAUGCAUGAAUAAUCUUGAAAGCUUCUGGACCAAUCCCCAGUAUCGCGUUCAGGUUGAAAAAUUAAACAGCAAAUGUGCCGAAAAGCAAGGAGAGAAAAACAUGCUGGUGUCUCUCAUGCAAAAGCCAGACAAGAGGAACAGAAGACUAGUACAAAACCUACACAUCGGAUUCUCGAUAUUUGAGGUUAUUGGUGAAAACAAGGCGCACAGGGGAAAAUUCCCCGCCCAUUUCUUCGGGAGAAACAAACCUGUAGCUCAAAGUAAAACCUUCCUAAAUGCUCGUGAGGUGAUGGAGUUUGUGGCACUGAAGCCCGGUGAAUACCUGAUUGUGCCGUCCACCUUCCACCCCAACGAGACAGCUUCUUUCAUCCUGACCAUCAUCUCCAAGGUGGAAACCCAUGUCCAUGAGAGUUCUGGUGUCUAUCCACAGGAAUCGAUGGAAACAAAAAAGCUCAAACCAGGAAAAGACAACAAAGAUGAAGAAAAAAAGAUAUCUCUGUUCCGCCAGUUCUCUGACAAGUAUGAGGAAGUGGAUGCAGAGAAACUUCAGCUGAUUCUCAAUGACAGAAUCCUGAAAGGAGACCUUAAAUCUGGAGGUUUCAGCACAGACGCCUGUCGCAGCAUGGUGGCUCUCAUGGAUACUUCAGUUACUGGGAAACUGAACAGCGAGGAGUUUGUCCGACUGUGGAAGAAAGUUGUGAAAUACAAGGAGAUUUUCUACAAGUGUGACGUUUCCCAAACGGGGACACUGUCACUCAAGGAGCUGAGAAAUGCAAUCAUAGCUGCUGGACGGGGGAUCAGUGAUGACAUUUUGAAUGUGAUUGCUCUGCGUUAUGGUGCCUCCUCUGGACACAUUACAUUGGAGAACUUCAUCAGUCUCAUCCUUCGCUUUGACUGCAUGGCCCAAAUCUACAAGCAGCUGUCAAAUGGAAACAUCAUGAGUCUUCGAGAAGUCGAGUGGAUGUACAUAUCAAUGUACACCUAAUCUCAGAGGACAACACGGUGCAAGACGGAGCUCAACUAGGUCAAAACCAUGAAGAAAAAUAUCCUCCAAAAUAACAACAGGAUCAAAUACUAGUGGACUAAAGAAAAAAAAUGUAAAGAAUACAAUGAAGCGGCAGUAUGUUCAAAUGAGUAUUGGCAUUCACAUUUUUUACAUUUUUCAUA